UCCGUGGUCCGUCGGGGUUCGUCGUCUGCUCUCGGCUCGGGCUCGGGCUCUGAUGUCGAAGGUGGGAGAGGGUGGAAGGGGGUACCGAGGGGACAGGGGUGGUGAAGGGGAGGGGCGUACACGUAGGGCGUACGGCCUGGUGCUGACACAAACUUCAAAAGAAGCCAAGCCGCUGUCUGCGCUGUCCGCCUUGCCUGCCCUGCCCGCCUCUCUCCUGUGUCUGUGUGGCUUCUGACGCUGGCUCUGGCUGGCUUUUGGCUGGCCGACCCGGCAGCGGACGGCUCGCCCCAGCCCGGCUGCCAGCCAGGCCGGCGGCCGGCGGCAAAGCCAAGCCGCAAGCGGCGCGCGGCACGGCGGAAGUUUAGUUCUCGCAUCGCUCUCGCUCGGACAGGACGCUCGUCACAUCGGUGCGUGACUGUCACAGUCCAGCCGGUCACUAACGGCGCUCUCCGCCUCGUUCGGAGCGUGACAGCCACAACGCCGCCACCUGACGCGUGUCACGGCCGUGAAAGACAACCCUGGUCACCCCCUUGCCGCGCAAAGUGUGCAUCUGUUGCAGUUUGUUGCGCGACCCCCUUUGAAACCUAACCUCCAAACGGGAACACAAAAAGUAGAGGGGAAACCGUGAACCUCUCAAAAGCCAAACAUGCCAACCGUGUCCAACCACGACGUGCUGGGCACGCUCUCGUGGGGCACCGGCGGCAACGCGCGCCACUUCACCCGGGACCCGUUCGGCGAGCCCCUCGGGGGUCGGAGCGACGCCCGGGACGGCAUCAACUCGCUCCUCUUCGGGGACAGCCAGAGCGGUGGCGGCCGCGGCGCGGGGCCGUGCGGGCCGGGGCAGCCGGUGCAGGCCGAGCACGCGUACGCCUCGGCACAGGGCGUGCAGCAGGUGCAGCCGCAGCUCGGCAGCUUCGUGUCCCAGAACGGGUACUACGGCUACCAGCAGCCGCACGCCGGGCACACCGAGCAGGGCCUCGCCCUCGCCGCACACGCGGAUUGCUCAAUGGACACCAGUGAAAAUAACCUGCCGGGCCAUGCCGCUGGCGCGCACCCAAGCUGCGGCGGGUUCGGCGGCCCCUGGCAGGCCGACCCCCGGUCCGGCCCCGGCGCCGAUCCGAUCAAUAGGAUUCAAAGGAAGAGGAACCUGUCCGCGAGGGGGAUGGGGCUCGAGGCGACGGCCGCGCUCGCCGCCCACGACGACCACGGCGCCUGCAAGCGCACCAGGCCCUCGCCCUUCGGCGAGCACAACCAGCACCACACAGAUGUAUCUGGUGCUGAUGUCAGAACUGAAAUCUUGUAUGGAGGAGACAUGAAGCAAAGUCUACUCAAGGAAUCAGAGUUGGCUGCACUUGAAAGCCUGCUCAAGCACACGCAUGGCUGUGAUUAUUACAAUUAUGAUGGAUGCGAAUUAUAGGUAAGACGCCAUCUUCAUGCUAUGUAGUUAAUAAAACUUUCUUUAAGUAUUUACCUAUGAAAAGGGAAAAAGAAGGAAAAGCAGACUUUCUUUUUUUGUUCUGCCAUAAAUUUGUCCUCUUCUUUGACUAAGCCAGCAUCAUAUGCUUUAAACUCUUAAAUAUAAUUUAAAAGCUGACUCUUUCUGAAUGACUUUUGUCCAAACAUUUAAGGGGCCAGAUAGAUUUUACUUUGUGUUCGACUAAACUGUCUUUUCCUACAUUAAAAGAUGAAAGUCAUACUGUUUCUGCCCUUUGAAGCCCUACUUUUACCAGUGCUGAUAAAAUUUAAAGAAUAUUGCUUAAGCAAUAUUCUUAUUGAACAAUUAUUUGGGCUUUUAGGCUUCAAGUUGUGAUGUACAAACAUUGUAGUACAACUACAACUGCAUACUUGGCGUCUGUUUCAUUCUUGGUAGUAGACUUCGGUGAUUGUGUGAAUCAAGUUUGGCUGUUAUUGAAAAAUAUUAUUUGUAUAUCGUAUUUUUCAUUGGUAUGAAGUUUAGAUUUUUAAAGUGUUAAUGUUGUCUGUAUGUACUGCAAAUCUUCAAGUAGUCUAUAAAUGUUGACCGGAGUUUGUAUUUGUUUUUGUGUAUUUUUUGUGAGUUUCUUUGCCCUUCCGAGGGGUCCUUAAUUGUGUAAGUAAACCUGGUACCUGCAGUUUGGUAUACUAUGUGGAUUAUUCCUUUACUUUUGUAUUUGAUGCAAAUAGUUCUGGGAAAUCUGGACGUAUUUUGUAACAGGAUCUGGUUUAGAGGUUGUGUGAUACUUUUCUGUUGCCUUGCACCCUAGUUAGAUGUUUGCUACUUUAUUCAUAUCUUCUCAAACUGUCUUCCAUAUCUUUAAAUGUUAUUUUGUAUGGUGACCCAAAUGCGACUAUGAUACAGAUGUAUCCCUAAAAUGAUGUAGAAACGGUGAUAUGUCCACUCUUUGAUAAGCAAAAUGGACCUCACACAUAACUAAAUGCAGUAUACUGCAACAAGAGUGCAUGCUUUGCAUUUGUGUUAAGAUCUCUGUAAAGAAGGUAAUCUUGAGUCAAUGUUCUGUUGUGAAACAAGUCUCAUUGUUAAUAAGAGACAUGUCAUUUCAAAAUGAUUGCUUUGUUUUAGUAUUGAAUGGAAUUGGUAUUUUAUAACCAACAUAGACUGUACUUACAAAUCUUGGUUUGUGUAAUAAUUUCAAUCUCAUUCUAAAAGGCAGUAGUAAUGUGAUGCAAACAAAACUUGUGUAAAUUCAUUGAUAAAAAUUGUGUGCUGUAGUACAUUUUCCUACAAGCACUUUUAAUUCCUGCAACCUGCAUAUUGUACCACAGGAGCUUUGAAGGUUUAGUUUGAAAUUCCUGUCUUUCCAGAGUUUUGUACAAAUAAAUUUGAAGUUGAUA